CAAGGGACAUACAAAAGCACGUCAGACGCGGGCGGCGUUCAACACUGCAAGUCCGCAGUGCAAGUUCGCCGAGCAAACGAAAGCAGUCUCAGGCAGUUGGAUUGCGUUCCCUUCUGGAUCUAAGGUGGGCACGGCGUGCGCCUGAAAAGGAGUUCCGUCAUGAGUGGGCAUAUCGGCGACCUGAGUCCGAAGCAGGAGGUGGCGCUCCAACAGUUCAAAGGAGCCGUCAGGGACUUGCUGAACGACAAGCACGACGACCGCUACCUUCUGAGGUGGCUCCGAGCUCGAGACUUCAACGUCAACAAAGCAGAACAGAUGUUGCGUGAGCACAUGAAAUGGCGCAAGCAGUAUGGCGCCGAUGACAUUCUGAGCGGCCCCGACUCUCCCGAGGUUCUCCGCAAGUACUACCCCGGCGGCAUGAUAGGACACGACCGGGAAGGACACCCCGUCUGGCUCAUACCCUUCGGAGGGUGCGACCUCAAGGGAAUGCUGAUGAGUGUGACCAAGACAGACAUGAUAAAACACGUCAUCAGGUCCUUCGAGGUAAUCGAGCAAGACCUCAAGGCGCAGUCCGAGAAGCUGGGCAAGCCGAUCGAAACGCAGACGUACAUUUUCGACUUCGACAACUACAGCCUACGGAGCAUCGCUUCCAAGGCGGUACUGGACUUUCUCACCGACCUCAUGUCCACGUUCGAAGCACACUACCCAGAGCGGCUUAAGAAAGCUUUCGUCGUCAACGCUCCCCGGAUCUUCCCCAUGUUCUGGAGGUUGGUUCGGCCUUUCCUGAGCGAGGCUACUGCGAACAAGCUGCAUCUGUAUGGCCGAGAAGGCUGGAAGGAGGACCUCCUGGCGGAAAUCCCGGCGGACCAGCUGCCGGUGUUUUGGGGCGGUACCAUGACUGACCCGGACGGCAACACAAGGUGCCCUUCAGUUGUUGUAGACGGCGGUGAGGUGCCCCAAAAGUACUACCGGUCCUUCAGUAAGCCUUCAGGGGGCUGCAUCACGGCGUUCCAGGAGGACGUCGGCCACGGGACCCUUUCCGCAUUCGUAGUGGUGGACCGACAGAGCUCUCUGGACGUUCCGGUUAAGGUGGACAAGGAGGGAAGUCAGCUGACCUGGGAGUUCUUCGGUGAGGACGUCAUCUUCGGCGUCUUCUACCAAGAAGAAGAUGCUGGAGAACAGGUCAACGACAACGUCACGGAAGUUGUGAAGCCUUCGAGGAUCAAAGGACUUGGGAAGGUUGCCGAGACGGGAAUCGUCACAUGUUCGAAGACUGGAACUUAUUUGCUGAGGUUCGACAACAGCUUUAGCUGGCUCACAUCCAAGAAAAUAAGCUACUGUGUGAGACUCACAGGCCCUUCUUGAUGCCACGCAACAAGGACGACGGGGCAUCUUGUGUUUUGAACAUUAUACCAAGUUUUCGCUGCGCCACGUGACACUGAGGACCAUUGACACCAACGUCACGUGAUGCUACGAGUGUGAUUGACAUGAAUCACUGACUCGGGCGCGACGCAGGGUACUUCGACGACGUUCAACGAGACUCGUAUUUUGAGAGAUUCUUCAUUGCCGGCGUCUAUGCCGGGACCUCUUUACAAACGAAGUUUGUUUAUAAGAGGACUUUUGAUUACACAUUUACUUAACUUGACUACUGGGCUUUUUUUUUCCGAAUUUUGUCUCCCAUAAUGCUCGCAGCUUUAAUUUCCUCAUCCGCAAAAUAAAUAUAAUUAUAAAAAAACAAAUUACAUUUUCUUUAUGUCCUUAGAGCAAACAAAACAAGAAGACCUGCGAUACGCUGCGACGUUUUGCUUUGAUUGAGGCUUUAGUGGAAUGCUGCAAUAAAAGUUAACGACUUUUACAUCUUGGUAAGUAUAGCGCAAAUGCUUACGUUUAGCAACGGCCAGUUGAGGCAAUUGGCGGUUGCACUCACUGCUUCUGUAAACCCAGUGACAGCGGAAGUUUGUGCCAUGAGCAGCUCACUGCUACUGUUGCCAAGUGUUCUCUGAUGCAGUUGUUAUUUGGACGGAAAAAAGUGGUACUCUGCGAAAGAGACAAUGCACCCUUAGAAAAAACCUGUGGGGCUUUUCUAUUGAAAGGUUGGUGAGAAGAGGCAUCAGAGGAUAUAAAAUGUAAUUAGCUUUUCAUUUGACUUUGUCUCUUUUCUGUUAACUUUCUUUUGAAUGUGCCCACUUUUGAAAAGAAAAUAAACAGGCUUUCUGUCGCCGGC